CUGGUUCGAAUCCCUCAGACGUUGCCCGGGCGGCGAGAGCGGCGAGCGGCGUCUUCCGCGCCCCUGAGCCUGUGCAGAGCGCGGCGUCGAUCGGGCCCGCUCGGGAUGCGCCAGUGAAGCCGGAUCCUCUGGCGAUGGACCGGGCGGCUUCCCGGCAGCACUUGACCGUCAAUGCGGCUCCCGGCGACUCCCGGCUGCCCCGGCCGGGCUUGCGGGGGAAGCGCGCCGCCGCGGCGGACGAGAACGCGCCCCCGGAGUGCCAGAAACGGGCGCGCACCGGGCCGGCCCCGGGAGCGAAGGGCGCGGCGUCCCAGGCGGCGAGUGCGGCCCCCGGAGAGUCCCGGCCCCGAGCGGCCCCCGCGGCGCCCCGCGGCCUUCUGCGCGUCUCCGGACGACGCCGGUCCUCGGCCAGGGCGACCAUCGCCGGCCUCCCAGCCGCCUCUUCCGCAGGACCUCCAGCUGCCCCUGCGGGCGGAAGGGAGCGGAAGCGAGCCCCCUGGGACCUGAAGGGGCAGAUCAGCGACCUCCAGGCCAAGGUGGGGGCCUACAAGGAGAGGGUCCAGGGGCUGGCGGGGGAGAACGAGGCCCUGAAGAGCCAGCUGGGGGGGCUGCAGCAGGAGCUGACGGAGGCCACCGGCCGCAACGGGGAGCUGAGUGGCCGGGCCAGUCUGCUGGCUUCGGAACUGCAGGUCUGCCGAGACCAGGCCAGGGAGAGCGGCCGGAAAGUGUCUGAGCUGCUCGAGAAGGAAGAGCGGCUGGAAGAAAGGUGCCAGAGCCAAGCUCAGAGGAUCGGGCAGCUGGAGGCCCUCAACCGGGAAGUCACGGAGGGCAGCCGAGAGCAAGCAGUCCGGCUGAAGGCCAGAGAGGAAGAGUUGCUGCUGGCCAAAGAGAGCCUGGCCGGGCAAUGGCAGCUGAACGAGAGGCUGAUGGCCCGGCUGGAGGUGCUGGAGGAGCAGCUCCACCAGGGAGAGAUGGAGCGACGCUGCCUGCACAACGCACUGCAGGAGCUGAAGGGGAACAUCCGUGUCUUCUGCCGAGUGCGGCCCUUGCUGGCCAGCGAGAGGCAGGCCCAGAAGGCUGCCAGCCACCUGCGCUUCCCGGCUGACAACAACAAGAGCCUUGUGCUCUCCAGGGCAGAAGAGUCUCACGUUGGCCGUGAGCGCAAGGAGGACAUCACCUAUGACUUCACCUUUGACCGGGUGUUUCCUCCGUCCAGUUCUCAGGAGAGCGUCUUUGAGGAAAUCUCCCUGCUUGUUCAGUCAGCCUUGGAUGGGUAUCAUGUCUGCAUUUUCGCCUAUGGGCAAACGGGCAGCGGUAAGACGUACACGAUGGAGGGUCCUGAUGACCUGGGCUCCGAAACAGCAGGCAUGAUUCCUCGGGCCGUGCGACAGAUCUUCGCAGCCUCCCGUGAGCUGGAGGCCAAGGGGUGGAAGUACCAAUUCACAGCCAACUUCCUGGAGAUCUACAAUGAAUCACUGCGGGAUCUUUUGGUGCUGCGGCCAGAGCAGAAUGGGGAGCUGGAGAUCCGGCGAGUGAGCCAGCUCACAGAGGAACUGCACGUCCCCAACCUCUCCUGCAUCCCCGUCUCUUCUGAGGAGGAGGUCCGGAGGCUGCUGCUGAUGGCCAAAGCCCAUCGCUCCGUGGCCAGGACCAACCUGAAUGAGCACUCCUCCCGCAGUCACAGCCUCUUCCAGCUCCGCGUGGAGGGCACGAACGCCAAGCGGGGGCUCCACACCUCCUCUGUGCUGAGCUUAGUGGACCUGGCGGGCAGCGAGCGGCUGGACAAGUCUCUAUCCACGGGGGAGCGGCUGAAGGAGACCCAGGCCAUCAACGCCAGCCUCUCCACCCUGGGCCUGGUCAUCACCGCCCUCAGCAACAAGGAGGCCCACAUCCCUUAUCGCAACAGCAAGCUGACCUACCUGCUCCAGAACUCGCUGGGCGGCAGCUCCAAAAUGCUGAUGUUUGUGAACAUCUCCCCCCUGGAGGAGAACUUUGCCGAGUCCCUGAACUCCCUUCGCUUCGCUAGAAAAGUGAACGAGUGCGUCAUCGGCACGGCCUCCAGCAACCGGAAGUGAGGGGCGGUCUCCCCCACACACCUUCUUCGUAUUUUUUUUAAUUGUUUUGCUGAUUUUUGUGUCUGUGCGUCUCUCGUGUGCUUUGUAACCUUUUCUGAAUAAAAAAAGUUUUAUUUCA